GCUCAGUAGCGAGAAUCUUCUCUGCGCCAGUGCAAUACCCCUUAAUCUGUUGCCGGCAGCUUCGCAAUCGUCCAAGAAAGUUGCGGCAACGCGGAAGUGUAAAUUUGGAGUCGUGAUAGUUGGGGAAAAAAACCGUUUCGGCUACUUCCACCACGGUGUGCACGCGACCAUAAACCGAUCAUUCAAUCUUCAUCGAUCAUACACUGUCUGUGGAGGCAAUCACAUCAACCAACCAAUCGUACAGUUAUAUAUAGUGAAAGACCCUGAACACUACCGAUCUUGCACGCGGCUACAGCACAUGCAGGAUGUAAAGAGACAGAUAGGUGACGCCAUAUCAGACAUUCCGCUGUUUUUUUGAAGUGAUUUUGGAGGGGUACUGGAUGCUGCAAAGGGCAGCCCUAGAUUAAGAAAAUGAACGGAACGGGCUUAAUGUUUCCCACCUUUUUACUGCUGCACAACUACUCGCUCAACUACGGUGACAACAGUGUUGUGAACAGUCCACGACUGCGGACAGAUCUUACCGUGUGCUAUGGUAUCUUCGGCUGCUACACCACGACCGAUCCGUGGACGAGUGCCCGCCGCCCGAUCGCACUGCUGCCGGAGCCGCCGGAAGAGCUGGACGUGAGCUUUGUGAUAUUUAAUGGGCGCAACCGGUCGUACCCGCAGUACUUGAACAAGUUCCCGAGCUACCUGGACCUGCCGGACUCGAUCAGCUCGACCGACAUUAACCCGAGGGGCAUGAUCUACUUCAUCACGCACGGCUUUCUGGAGAAGGGGGCCACGAAAUGGAUUGAAAAAAUGAUGAACGCGCUGCUGGAUAUGGACGCCGACUCGACGGUGAUUGUUAUCGACUGGGGCAAGGGCUCCAAUCCACCGUACAAUCAAGCGUGCGCUAACAUUCGGUUGGUGGGGAACAUCGUGGGGCACUUUAUAUAUACGAUGAUGGGUCAGCUAGGAUUGCAGAACCUCGACAACGUGCACAUGAUAGGUCACUCGCUCGGUUCGCACCUCUCCGGAUAUACCGGCACGAUGCUGCGUGACACCUACAACCUAACGCUUGGUCGCAUCACGGGGCUCGAUCCGGCCGAGCUAGCGUUCACCGAGACGGACACCCGGGUGAGGCUCGAUCCGGGCGACGCCAAGUUCGUGGACAUUGUGCACAGUGACGCGACACCGUUUGUGCCCAAGAUCGGGCUCGGGCUGCUCGAACCGAUCGGGCACGUCGACUUCUACCCCAACGGGGGCUUCAAUCAGCCGGGCUGCGAGCGCAACUUCUGGAAGGACGCCGGCAACCAUCGGUUCGUGUCGAGCGUGUUCCAGUUCUUCAGCUGCAGCCAUUCGCGCUCCUACCUGUACUUCACGGAGAGCAUACGGCACCCGAUGCGGGUCGUGUCGUGCGACACGUACGAAGGCUACAAUGCGGGCGAAUGCUUCGACUGUGGGGCGCGCGGCAGCCACUGCAUCGAGUUUGGCAUGAACAGUGUGCACGGGUACAGGCGGCUGGUGCGGGAGCGACAGGUUAGUGUGAGCGAGUACCGGCCCAUCGAGCUGUUCUUCCUCACCAACUCGUACGCACCGUUCCUGACGCCCAACUUCCGCAUCACGAUCAAGAUCGCGGACGGCAAGGAGAGUGUGGAGCACGGGCCGGAGAUUGGCAAGAUCUUUCUGUACAUUGACGGGCGCGACGACAAGAUCUACUUCAACGAGGUGCCGACCCUGUUCGAGCCGGGACAUAACUACUCCAAAGUCAUCACGGGGCGGGCAAACAGUGAACCGACGGCCAUCAGCAUCGGCUGGGAGUACGAGACGAACCUGCUGAACCCGCUCACCUGGCGGUUGCUCACCUCACCCCGCGUGUACAUCGAGUACGUCGAGCUGCAGACGCUGGCGCAGAGCAGACGGGUGAAGAUGUGCCAGGCGACGAACGGGCCCAUCACCAACAACGAGCUGGGCGUGCUGGCGAAGGUACACUGCAAAAAGCAUUAGCAGAACAGUGUAUCGUUCACACUAUCAUCCUAGGUACUAUUACAUCUCAUUCAAUUGACGUCUUAUUUCAACCCCCAACUCCCCUCAUCACACACUCGCUUUCGCCUGCCUUAUCAAUGCAAUGUAUUGUAGUUUAAAAAAGCAAAAGUAAUGUAAAAAUAUAAUUAUAUGUACUAUAAAAUAUCAAAUACUGAAAUCUAAGUGAA